GGUGCUUCCGUACCUUCGGCAGGAUAAUUUCAAAGUUUGUGUAGUGCAGUUUUUUACCGAUAGCAGAGAUCUCACCGAGAUAUUUGGUCGGAUCGAACGAUCAUUGCGCGAGUGUUCCGAGCCAUAACGUCGUGUUGUGCUGAGCGUGUAAGGUUUCGGUGAAGCUUGUCUGGAAUAUUCGUGCGCGUGUGUGUCAGAAUGCCGUACUACAUUGUCGUGACGACGAACUAUAGCAAGCCCCGUAGAAACCGGCCGCCAACGAGAGCCAAGGCGAUAGCUGCCAAGGAACCUGUACCCGGUAGCAUUGUCGUGACGCAUUGCUCCCAAAAUCGUAGAAAGGCAUUGGAUGUGUUAAAGCUGCAUCCCGGCAGUCGGAUGAUUGUGCUGGAAACUAUCGAAGAUUUUACCCGUUUUCUGAAGAAACCGUGGGACACACGUUACGAAGACACAAAAUCAGCAAUCGGCGCCUCUUCAUUUCCGGCUCUAGAAGUGGCUCCCACGCUGUAUAGCAACGUUGCCGACUUCCGGAUGGCGUUGGAAACAGGUAAUAAGGAACGUAUCUGGCAGCUGCUCGCCAGCGUACGUCAGGUGCUGAUCAACUACAAAGGCGAGCCGCGUCUGUUCCAAGCAUCACAAGAGAACGCGCUGCACAUCGCUGCCCGCGCUGGCCACAUGAGCGUGUGCAAUCUGCUGCUGGACACCAUCCGGAACCCGAAGUACGUUGCGUGGGCUCAGAACACCCAGUUCUCAUCGGCGGUGGACACCGCUGAGGCACUGUUGCGCAAGUUCCUGAACGAGCGCUCCCGGACGCUGUGCGAAACGCCGCUCCAUACGGCAGCGCGGUAUGGCCAUUCCAAAGUGGUCGCCACACUGAUCGCCUUCCCCCAGUGUCAGUAUCUGCCGAACAAGUACGGCUUGUUUCCAGUGCAGGUCAACACGACCCGCACGGCGUCGGAUGUUGACAAGAACCGCGAAUGGCACAUUAUAUCGGAUCUGCUGGAGAAAAAUUACUUCGUACCACUGAUACGGACCGAGGACGAUCUGGAUAUGCCAUUCGUGGGCGAACCAUUCUCGCGCGACAAUGCGCCAAAGUUCACGCGGCCGGGAGGCAGGGGUCCGGCGGCACAGUACGUGAAAGCGUUCGCCGGUCCGAUGACGCUGUCGGAAGCGAUAGAUUUUCGCAGCCAGUGGCAAUCGUCACCAACGCUAACGACUGUGGCAGCGAACGAUCAUCAAUUCUUCGCCAGCUUCGACCCGAACACCGCGGGCGGCAACACCGGCCAGGAAGGUUCCGCAUCGUUCUUGGAGCAUUCGUUCCGCCAUACCCGACAGGAGAAUGCGAUGGAACGGGUCGGCCGUAAUUUGGCCCGGUUUGCCAACGUUGGCUGGCAGGAGUACUGGGAGUUUCUCGGGGUGAUGUGUGACCUGCGCUCCUAUUCCGGGCGGCUGCUGCUCGAGUCGUACAUCGAGACGCGGGCGAAAAAUAUGCGGGCGAGCGGUAAUCAACCGACGUACGCGAUUGGUAAGUUCUCCGAUCCGGAAAAUUUGAUCGCGUUGAUGGCGUUCGGCGCGCGGGAAGUCGACGAGAAUCGCUAUCCGUACAUUUGGCUCUGGCAGAAGCACAUGCGCAACAUUAGCGGGAUGCGCGAACUCAUUAACGAAACCAUUCUGCUGGACGAUAUGUAAGAACCGGUGAAACUGGUAAGCGUCCAUGUUCUCCCGUUUUUUUUUCUUGUUACUCUCAUUAACGGCUGUUUUCCUUGGAGAUUUUGUUAUUGCUUAGAUUUAGAUAUACGGAGUUUAAAAGCAACAAAAAAGAGACUUCAGUUCUUUGGACAUUUUUUAAAAUAUUAUGAACAAAAACACCCGAUUUUUCUUGGUCCAAAACAGCUCUACCUUGAUACAAUUGCAGGAGAAAAUUUGAUGUUUUUUUAUUUGAAUGUUCUAUAAAAAUCUUUGUUUUUAAGAAUGACGAUGGAUACUAACUGUUCAGCAAGAAACAACUUCAAUAGAAACGUAUAUGAAAUAUGUUUAAUCGAAAAGUAAAAAAAAAGAAAUAGGUUAUCGCACCUUCUUAUACCUUACACAAAAUUUUUAUAAAUGUUAAUGCAUUUAAAAAAACAUAUUUGCAGGUUAAAAAAAUAAAAGAUGCAAGAAUGAGGAAAUUUUCGGUUCAUUUCGGAUCAACAUAAAACUACAAACACAUAUCUGUAUUCAUUAAGCUAAAGCAUAUGCAUUUGAGGCUUGAAUAUUAUUAUGAAUAAAAAUGGGUAAAUCAUAAAUAAAAUUGUGUAUGUUUUAAUUUAAUUUAUUUAAUUAUAUAAGAGCAAUUGAUGAUGACAUUUUUCCUGAUCGGUGAAAAAUUCGGUGAGUAGUAUUUCCAGUCCAGGCCGGGCCGGUGAGGCGACAGCGGCAUCGGUCUUCAUGCGGCAGGUCCGAGGCUCAAAAAGAAAUGGCAAGCAUGACUCAUGAGGUCGUCAGGUCAUGGAAGAAGUAAAACAGUCUUUCCAGGCUUUCGCUUUUUUUAGACACGAGUGAAACAUUCCAGUCAACGUAAGGUCUGUGAGUUGCGACUUUUAUUAUCUUCCGGAAGUGGAUUGUUUUAUCUGGUCGAGAACUGUUCUAAGCCGUAGGUAUUGCAUUCAUAGCAGUUUAGCAUCGGUAGGAUUAAUUUUGCAACUGUCUAAUUUAGGAUAAUAGCAUUCCUUAGAUGGUAAUGUUUUCGUUCGCUGCGUUUAUAAUGAGGGUGGCUUGCAAGGCCCCUCUCCCAACCCUAUGUCUCGUCGGAAGGUCUACGCAUCUUAGCUGUUAAACGUCCCGUAGGAAGCCAUGACAGGAGGAAAGACUCGCCGCCCCUAACAUGGAGAACAGACGCUAGCUAGCCAUAUCAUCCACCUUCCCAUGGGGUUUGGUUUCCCCAUAUACCCAGGCUCAGAUAUUUGGAGGGACAUGUUACCGUUCUGUACGCCGGGGGCGUAUUGAGUCGAAGUGGGGUUUGGAGAGCCAAUGUUAACGUUCAACAGGCUUCGGAUCCAUACCUUACCAGUGCAGUAUUGCUUCCACAUUAGCUUACAGAACAAGCUAGUGCGAGC